AUGGACGGCGGCAGUGGCUUGAACAUCAUGUAUGCCGACACUCUCAAGGGGAUGGGCAUUCCGAUGUCCAAACUCAGCGAGAGCAGCAUGCAGUUCCAUGGAGUCGUCCCUGGACGAAAGGCCAAGUCACUCGGCCAGAUCGCGUUGGACGUCGUUUUCGGCUCCGACAAGAACUUCAGCAAGGAAAAGCUGACGUUCGAGGUGGUGGACUUCCAGAGCGCGUACCACACAAUUCUGGGCCGCCCGGCGUAUGCACGUUUCAUGGCCCGUCCAUGUUACGUGUACCUGAAGUUAAAGAUGCCAGGCCCGAAAGGCGUGAUCACU